CGUGAAGCAAGCGGCGUCUGACGGCAGACGUUGAGCUAGACCACAACAAACAAGAGGUUCAGCGUUGUGCUCUAUAAGUGAAAUAGAAAUGUUGUUGUAACGUUUUUAUUUCGUGCUACUAUAAAGGCAGGUACACAUUUAGAUCAUGGCAAAGCAUCAUCCAGAUCUAAUUUUCUGUCGCAAACAGCCAGGCGUGGCUAUCGGUCGUCUGUGUGAAAAAUGUGACGGCAAAUGUGUCAUCUGUGACUCUUAUGUGAGGCCUUGCACCCUUGUCCGUAUCUGCGACGAGUGCAAUUACGGCUCAUACCAGGGACGAUGUGUCAUAUGUGGAGGACCUGGUGUAUCAGAUGCUUACUAUUGUAAAGAAUGCACAGUUUUAGAGAAAGACAGAGAUGGAUGCCCUAAAAUUGUGAAUCUUGGAUCUUCAAAGACAGAUUUGUUUUACGAAAGAAAGAAAUAUGGCUUCAAGAAAAGAUGAGUUUAUUCUGCAAGAUAUUUAUGUCUUUGUAAUGUUACAAUUUAUGUUAAGAAUAUAAAAUAUUUUUUGUCAAUUUUAUAUUUAAGAGAGUUGUAUUUAGUGCAAGUUAGAAUAAAUGACAUUAUCAA